AACCUAAAUUUUCAUUUAUACUUUAAUUUUAAUUGUUCUUUGUCCUCUGCUUCAAUCUCUAGUUGUGGAGGAUCUUUAGGAACAGUUAGUUGAGAUUUUGAAAGAUGGUUUCCUUGAUGGAGUUUAGAAUACCUAACAAGUUGUUUGUUGGAGGCUUCUCUAUGGACAUAACUAAAGAUACGUUGAGAGAUCACUUUAGCAGCUACGGUGAAAUUGAGGAAUCCAGAAUCAUCAUUGACAAGGUUACUGGUCUUUCGAAGGGGUUUGGGUUUAUUACCUUCACCAACCCAGCGAUGGCUGCAAAGGCCCUUGAAGAUGAGCAUCUCAUCUUAGGCAGAAAGGUUGAUGUGAGCUAUGCAAUACAAAAGGUUGACAGAAACCAAGAAAAGUGGAAUGGAUUAAUAGAUGGGAAUAGAAACAAUUGUAAUAGGAACGAUGUCAACAAAAACAAGAUUUUUGUGGGAGGAUUGCACCCCCACUUGACAAAUGCAGAUUUGAAGGCAUACUUUGAGAGUUAUGGUACAGUCGAAGAUGCAUUUGUGGUAGUCAACAAAACUAAUGGCAGGUCGAGGUGUUUCGGGUUUGUCACUUUUGAGUCAGAGGAGACUUUUGAGACUGUGUUGAAGGUGAAGUCCCAUGUAUUGAAAGGAAAUCAGGUGGAACUAAAGAGGGCUGAGCCUAGGGUUCCUCCUCAGAAUACCAUGGAACCUUCAGCGAGUUCUUAUGGCUAUGAUAACAAGUUUUACAAAGUUUGCAAUGCUUAUGAUCUCCCAUUUUGUUGGAGUCCUUGUGCUGUAGCUUUCUAUUAUCCCUAUUGGUAUUAUCCUUAUGGAUCUCCUAUAUAUUAUGGUUAUGCCACUGUCAAUGGCUGCAAUACUCCAUUGAUGUAUGAUGAUUCUAGUAUUGGAACGGGUCAUGGAGGCUUGGAUCAUUGAGAUGCUGGUUCCAUAGAUGGAUAAUGAUAGGUGCACCUCGUAAAUGAAAUAAUUCAGGUGCAGUAGAUGAAGAUCAUGAGCAUGAAGGAGAGGAAGGCCAAAUCAAAUGAAGAGUGAACGUAAUUGCACUUUGAUAUUAGUUUCAUUGUAGGGGAGGGCAAAAUAAAUUGAAUUAUGGGACAAUUUUAAGUUUCAACCGUUGUAGUUUGUUUAUUUUUCUGUUGUUCAUUUGUUAAAAUGUUUCUAAACAUUCUAUAUCCAUAAUUGCUUUUUUUUUUGUGCCUGCUCUGUAUGCUUCUUUUGAUAGUUGUGUAAAAUAAUAAAUGUCCUGUGGAUAU